CCGGGGGAGGAGGAGCCGGAAUGUGUUUAUAUGCUUUCCCGCCCUCUACGUCACUGGGUGUGUGGUCAUAAUGGGAUCUUACAUCAGCACGAAGGUUUGACAGAGGGGAUUUAGCUGGUGUGAAAACCAGUUGGCAGAUAUGGUGAGGAACGGAGUGAUGACGGAGCUGCAAACCAUCCAGCAUUCUCUUCAGGGUAACUCCCUGGCUUUAGGCCAAGUGGGGCAAAACUCUGGGGUCAAUCAGGAGAAGUGGGACACAGAAGAAAGACAACAACUCUCUCAGGGCCCAUCAGAGACAAGCCAGCCGAUGAACAUCCCAGAUGCAGCUAAGAAGAAGAAAAAGAAAAGAAACAGAGCAGCAGACAACUCUGCAAGCACUUUUGAUGAUCUCUACAAACUGACAGACGAGGUGCUUGGUCAGGGGGCGUUUGCUAAAGUUCAGGGAUGUGUGAGUCUGCAGAAUGGCCAGGAGUUUGCAGUGAAGAUCAUAGAGAAGAGUGCAGGGCACAGUCGCAGCCGAGUAUUUCGAGAGGUUGAAACCCUCUACCAGUGCCAAGGAAACAAAAACAUUUUGGAACUAACCCAGUUUUGUGAAGACGGCUCCUGCUUUUACUUGGUGUUUGAAAAGCUGCGUGGCGGAUCCAUUCUUACUCACAUCCAGAAUCGAAAGCACUUUAAUGAACUAGAAGCCAGCAGAGUAGUCAGGGACAUCGCCCAAGCGCUUGACUUUUUACACACAAAGGGCAUUGCCCACAGAGACCUUAAGCUGGAAAACAUUCUGUGUGAGUUCACUGAUAGGGUGUCGCCUGUAAAAAUCUGCGACUUUGAUCUGGGAAGUGGUGUUAAGCUCAGCAGUGCCUGUACUCCCAUAACUACCCCUGAACUCACCACACCGUGUGGCUCGGCUGAGUAUAUGGCUCCAGAGGUGGUGGAGGUUUUCACGGAUGAAGCCUCCUUUUAUGACAAGCGCUGCGACCUGUGGAGUCUUGGUGUCAUUCUUUACAUCCUGCUCAGUGGAAGCCCCCCCUUCACAGGCCACUGUGGCACCGACUGUGAUUGGGACAGAGGAGAAACAUGUAAAGCGUGCCAGAGUCAGCUGUUUGACAGCAUCCAACAAGGCAAAUAUGAAUUUCCAGACAAGGACUGGGCUCAUAUCACAGACGGGGCCAAAGAUCUCAUCUCCAAGCUGUUGGUUCGGGACUCCACCCGUCGCCUUAGUGCUGCCCAGGUUCUCAAGCACCCUUGGGUGCAGGGGAACGCACCAGAGAGAGGUCUUCCAACUCCUCACAUCCUGCAGAGAAACAGCAGCACCAAAGAUCUGACCCAGUUUGCCGCUGAAGCCAUCGCCUUUAACCGGCAGCUUUCCCAGCAUGACGAGCAGCAGGAGGACGUGGGGGCCAUCCUCUGCUCCAUGAGGCUCUCUCCUCCUUCCAACUCCAGACUGGCCCGCCGGCGGGCGCAGUCUCUGCAGAACAGGGGCUUCGCCGCCGUGACCGAUGACCCCGGAGCGUGAAACGCCACCUCUCCUGCCUGAUCCUUUUGCAUCCUCUGUGUCCACUUGGACCUUCAUCCGAGGCUGACGGUUCCGGAUGGACGAGCGCUUCUCCACGGCCAGUAAUUUCAUCGUUCGAGCAUCAGGAGGACCGUUAAUCCUCGCCGACCACGUUCUGAGUGCAAACACUUCCGAAGCCUAAGCUUUUUAAGAAAAGACUGUCUUAAAGGAAAUGGAUUUUAUUCUUUAAAUUAACAUAUUUUAAUACAUUUAUUUAUGGGAGUCCUUAAGUUAAAGUAGAGUUCAUAAGCAUAUCAACAUCUCAGGGAUGCAGAAGAAUGCAUAUGAUGUAUUAUUUUCUUAUUUUAUUCCAUAUUAUCCUCCGAAACGUCGUUUUCAAGGUGGCAGAAGGGGCUUUUAUUUAAGCAUGGAUGUGAUGUUUUUAUUUUGAAAGGAGGAUCUCUGAAACCAGGUCAUCCUCUGCUAAAAUACACCUGAGAGCUGCAGGUUUUCCCCGUAGCACAGAUGUACUUUAUAAUAAACCUCUGCUUAGUUCUUUCAGAGCGAAAAUAUUAUGAGGAUGUUAAGUGUUUUUACUCUGUUUUUAGUCUGGAUUACUUUAAUGUGAGAAUUUUAUUGUUUUUAAUUUGUUUUCUAUCAUGGUGAGAAGGGAGAUUUGGUGUUAAAUAAUGUUUUGCUGUACUGUGAUCAAACUGAUGAAACAAACGAUAAAAAAGUAUCUUAUUCAUCAGUUUUUUAUUUUAUUUUGAAUGUUUUUCUGUUACACCGAAACCGAUCUUUGAUUUUGUUCUUAAAGUAACAAUAAUUCCCCCUUUUCUUACCUAGUAAACUUUAUCUUACCUGAUAAACAAUACUUCCCCCUGACUUCAGACUGUUGCCAUGGACACCUCAUCCCUAUAGCAACUAAGGGCCUUCGCGGGCCGACAGAGAUUUGUUCAGACGGCCAUCAGCCACUUGCUAGAUUAAAGGUGUUUGUUUCCCCUGUCGGCUUGUAAUGGCAUCAGAUGAGCAACGGUGUUGACGAUUGCAGAGUUCCACUCAGCUCUAAUGGGGCUUCUAUGCAUCCAGCUCUAAUGUGUGGAGCAGCAAUUUACGUAGGAGCUGUGGGCUCAAUAAAAAGGAGGCCUGAAUUAA